CCUGGUCGCAAGAGUCCCGGGCAGGAUUGGUCCUGAUUUUCUUCGCGUAGCAGCUGUUACCCGGUUAUGUUUGCUUAAUGACAAAAAAAAGCCACGUUAUUUGCCCUUUGCGCAGUUCCUGGGACGGGGCGAAGGCCCUCGAGUUGCUCCAGUUGCUCCCGUGAGCUUUUCUUGCGGUUCGGGCAUCCCGAGCCUCAAGUCCCAGCCAGGGCGGGAGUAAUCGCGCUCGCCUGUGCGCUGCUGCUUCUCAUCAGCCGUUCAAGUUCCUCUUUUUUGACGCCGGUGCCGCGUUCCUCCUUUUCGGUCUUCGGAGGAGGCCGGCAGCUCUUCCUCUUUCGUCGGAUAAACCAGGUCCGCAUGAUCAGAAGAGGAAAUGGAAAGAAGCUGAGAGCGGCGGACGCCUCUUUCGGAAGCAGCGGGCGCCCCUCUGCAGUCUACACCCCCUUCCCUUCCCCUCCGGCGUCUCUAACCCGAAGGGCGGAGAAAGCGCAGCGCGCAGCGGUUCACAGAGCCAGGCAGCGACGGGUGUAGCUUCCCACGCCUCUGUCCGGAAAGAUUUGACUCAAGCCGCCACUGCUUUUUGCUUGGCGGUGCUGGGAAGCAUUCAGGAUGGGGAGCGCCGGCAGCUGAUGGCGCUGUUACAUCCGCCAGUUGUUCUGCCUCAGCUUGUCUGCUAAGGAGAGAACCUCAAGUCCGUUUGAUUUCAACUGUCCACAACCCAUCCCGAAACAGAGUCCUGGCGCUCUUUCCCCCCUGUUUUAUUAGCGUCAGGCUGAGCAUUUCUCCAGGUGCUCCUCCAUCAUAUCACUAAUUGAGUUGGCACCAUGAGAAGCAGAUGGGGUGUUGCAGCGUUACUACUUCUAGCUGUCAAGAUCUUGGGGCUGAAAAAAGGUGAUCCAGAUGCCACUAUGGGCCUACGGUGUUUCCAACCAUUUCCGAGCAACAUUGUGAACUGCAGCUGGUUGACCUGGGAAUCUCAAAAUGCUAACGCCACCUAUUUCCUUUACUAUGAGAGCCUAAAAUUGGACAAAGUGCUGCUAAACCUUAACCAGGGUUUGACCUCUAUCGAAGCCCAGACGGGACAGAACUGGCUGGUUAUUAAACGAGAGGACCUGAUACGUGGAGACAAAUACAGUUUCUGGAUGGAGAUUCGCAGUGCAGAUGGGAUUGCUAUCUCCAAGAAAUUAAACUUCAGCCUGGAUGAAAUAGUGAAACCCUGUCCUCCUGAACUGGAUCACGUGGAAUCGGAUUCCUCUGAAGCCACAGUGACAUGGAAGAACCCUCAUUGGUCUCAAUUGCAUAAUGACCAACCUCUCACUUAUGCUAUUCGAUACAAGGCAUCCACAGACCAUGAAUGGACCUAUCUGCCGGAGACCCAUCCGGACCAAGAGAACCAUGAAUUCGGUGACCUGAAACCGUUCACCUGCUAUGAGGUGCAGGUACGGUGCAUCCCAGAAAAUAAAAAAGACUUUUGGAGUGAUUGGAGUUCUUCCAAACUCUUCUGUACCUGUGAAGCAGCUCCUUUGGGUCAAGUUGAUGUGUGGCAAAAAAAACAUGUUUCUGACCACCAGAACGAAAGCCACUUCUUGUUGUGGAAGGCACUGGAUCCAGACGCAGCCCAAGGAAAGAUCCUUGAUUAUGAAGUUAUCUUCCAGGACCACAGCAAAAUACCCCACAGAAUGAAUUACAACUGCUGUCAGGCUUCAAUCCCUAUCGCUGCACAGUAUGUCUCAAUAGCAGCCCGCAACUCUGUUAAUAAGACACCUUGGGCCAAUUUCAGCUUGGAGAAAACAGAGCUCCCAGGUCCUGAGGAGGUGACAGUGGUGGCGUCAGAAGGUUUGGGUCUCAACGUGACAUGGAAGCCCAGCAUGGAUCCUCAAUGGGUUCAGCCUCAGGAAUACGUGGUUGAGUGGAGAAAAGAGAUUGGGGAUCGCGCGGGAGAGUUUCUGAACUGGACUCGCACACUUGGAAGCAGUACCAGCAUCCUAUUGAAAGGCAACUUCAGUUCGAAGGUACCAUACCUUGUGUGUGUGUAUGGUUUGUAUGCUGAUGGGAUAGCAGCCUCAGACUCUGUACGUGCCUAUUUCAAAGAGGAAGUACCAUCAGCUGGUCCCCAAGGACUGCAAGACAGAAGACUUUCAUCCAGUGCCACUUCCAUCUCUUGGAAGGAGAUUCCCUUGGCAGAGCGCAAUGGGCAUGUCAUACACUAUACACUUUACCUGCAACGUCGCCAUUCAGACAGCAGUAUGGUUCACGGACACAUUAAUGCUACGGAAAGAAAUUACACUGUUUCGGAUCUGGAGCCAGGAACAACGUACCAGGUCUGGAUGACUGGUUCUACAUCAGCUGGAGAAGGUGUGGCUAGCGCCAAGCAUCACUUUAGUACAUCAGUUUUUCAUUGGGAGAUCAUUGUGGUAGUUUUCUUACUUGCGCUAAUCCUGCUUGUAAUGGGUUCUAUGGUACUGUUGAAAUACCAAAGGCUAGUGGGCCUCUGCCAUAAGGUCCUGCCUCGGUGGUGUUGGGAGAAAAUUCCAGAUCCAAAACACAGUGGAAUUGCUGUGGAGAUAAAUGAAGAGAGCACUGCACCAGCCAUAGGUUCGACCCAGUUUCCAGAAGUUAUGGACAUUGCUGAGAUAUCAGAAGAAAUCCCUGAGCCAUCUCCACUACUAACAAGAUCAACUGCCAUGGUGAUUUCUGGUUAUGAAAAGCGAUCUCUUCCUACUCAAGAGGAAAUCCUGAAUUGGUUUGAGCAAGAAAGAAACAAUUCUCCAUUUUCCAGACUAAGAGAAAGGGAGACAUGAUCUUUCGGGGGUUUGUUUAAUAUGCUCAGCUGUUACAUCUGAUCCAGCUGCAGAUGCGAUUUCUCUUGGAAGGACCAUUCCUUGGGCUCCUGAAGCUACUACUGUGCGCCUUUGGAUCAAAUGACUGAAAUGUCUCUUCACAUCCUUUGAUCUACUUAAAACAAA